GCUUCUUCUGUAAUGCACGUGGAUUUCUACUUCCGGAAAAACACAACUUGCUAAUAUUUUCAAUUUAUUAGAGUUUUGUAAUUAAGAAAAACUGAUUUGUACUUAAGGAGGACUUUAGUUUAAAACAUUUAAUUAUGUCGCACUAUAAUUUUAAGAAGAUAACUGUUGUGCCAACAGCAAAGGACUUUGUGGAUAUAGUGCUGUCUAAAACACAGAGGAAAACACCAACAGUUGUGCACAAACAGUACAAGAUCUCGAGGAUUAGACAGUUUUAUACGAGGAAAAUCAAGUUUUCUCAGCAGACUUUCCAUGAUAAGUUAACACAGAUUAUCACAGACUUCCCUAAGCUUGAAGAUGUGCAUCCCUUUUAUGCUGAUUUGAUGAACGUAUUAUAUGACAAAGAUCAUUUCAAGCUGGCUUUAGGGCAGAUCAAUACUGCAAGACAUCUUAUUGAUAAUGUUGCUAAAGAUUAUGUCAGGCUGAUGAAGUAUGCCGAUAGUUUGUACAGAUGUAAACAGCUAAAAAAAGCAGCACUAGGAAGAAUGUGUACGAUAAUGAAGAGGCAGAAACAGAGUUUGGAAUAUCUAGAGCAAGUUAGACAGCAUCUGUCACGUUUACCUACCAUAGACCCAAAUACUAGGACAUUACUUAUAUGUGGUUUCCCAAAUGUUGGCAAGUCCAGUUUUAUAAACAAGAUUACACGAGCUGAUGUUGAAGUUCAGCCAUAUGCCUUUACCACAAAGUCACUGUUUGUUGGUCACACUGAUUAUAAAUAUUUAAGAUGGCAGGUUGUAGACACACCAGGUAUUCUGGAUCAUUCACUUGAGGAUAGAAACACAAUAGAGAUGCAGGCUAUCACAGCUCUCGCUCAUUUACGUGCCGCAGUUCUCUAUGUUAUGGACAUCUCAGAACAGUGCGGACAUUCUAUAGAACAACAGGUAUCUUUAUUCAGAAAUAUCAAACCCCUCUUUGCAAACAAGCCACUGAUAGUGUGUGUAAACAAGGUGGACAUAUUAAAAGUGGAUGAUCUUCCAGAAGAUAAAAGGGAUAUGAUUAAAAGUUUUGAAGAUGAAGGGAUACCUAUAAUGAACAUGAGUACAUUAACAGAAGAGGGUGUCAUUGAGCUUAGAAAUGAGGCAUGUGAUCGGCUAUUAGCACACAGAGUGGAAACAAAGAUAAAAACAAAGAAAGUCAAUGAUAUUGCUAACCGUUUACAUGUUGCUGUACCACAGAAGAGAGACCAUAAGGACAGACCAGCAUUUAUACCGGAGGCAGUGCAGAAAAAGAGACAAGCUAUGGAAGUUGAACGAGAAAAAAGGCGAUUGGAACGUGAUAUUGAAAUGGAGGAAGGAGAUGACUACAUACUUGAUCUUAGAAAAACAUGGGACUUACCUAAUGAGGAGGAGAAAUAUGAUGUUUUACCCGAGAUAUGGGAGGGACACAAUGUUGCGGACUUUAUUGAUCCUGAAAUUAUGGAGAAACUGGAUGCAUUAGAGAAGGAGGAGGAGUUAAGAGAGAAGGCUGGUUACUAUGACGAUGAUGAUAGUGAGGAAGAUGAAGAAAUGAAAGAUUUACGUAAAACUGCUGCCAAGAUUCGUAAUAAGAGACAGAUAAUAACGUUAGAAAGUGGAGAAAAGAGACGUAUACAACGCCCAAGAGUUCCUAGAACAGCAAAGAAAAUUGAUUCUAAAAAGAUGGAGGAAAGUAUGGAGGCUCUGGGUGUAGAGAUAGAAAACAAAGAUGAGACACACUACAGUAGAGAGCGAUCUAAAAGUGCGAGCCGAACAUUGAAGAGGAAAAGGGAACCAUCCGAGUCACUUGCCCAGUCACGCGCACGUAGUUCAUCAAGAACACCACGCGAUCAAUCUGGCGUACGAGAUGCAACAAUGGCUAAAAAGGUGAAGAAGAUUGGUAGAAAAGCACAGAAAUCUUUCAAUAUGGAAGCUAGGAAGGGGGAGGCUGACAGACGUGUUCUCGAUAUGAAACCCAAGCAUUUGUUCUCUGGUAAAAGAAAAAUGGGAAAAACAGACAGAAGAUAAACUGAUUGAACUGAUACUUAUGUUUGGGAAAUACAUCUCAUAUUUACAAUAAUCACCAUCUGAAAUCUUUAUUUUCCAAUGUGGCACGAUAUGACAAGUAAUACGUUAACAGGCUGUUAAACUAAAACUAACAUACAAAAAAUCAGUAUGCAAUUGUCAUCAUCAAGAGAAAUAUUAUUUGAAACUAAAAGCCAAACUGGUUAAUGUGCAUAUAGAUGAAGAUUACCACAACAGCUUUGUGUUAAAACACUAACAAGCACGAUUUAAUAUAAGAAAAAUGUCACCAUUUUAUGUUGAUGUAAAACAUUGUCUAACCUUUGAAACCUAAAGCUUUGUAUAAAAACCAAUAUACUUCAUGGGUGCAAAUAAGUCAGAUUUUCAUGUAUUUUUUUCCUGUAUGAAUAUUGCUUAUUGUGCAAGCGUUUGUUUUUACUUGUGAAAAUGUUUUUCAUUUAUAGAUAUUGUUAGUGAAGAAAAUAUGUACCUAAUUAUAUUUACUGUUGGUUAGGUAAAUGAAUGAACUUCAAUGGACUAGGUUCAAGUGUAUUUAAUUUACUGAUUGAGAUGUUACAUCUAGUUAAAGUCUUUUAUGUGGAAUCAAUACUCCUCAUUACUGUGUGUUUGAAUCCUAUCAGGGAGUUUCAAAGAUAUGAGGGGGUUAAAGUCUUGAGGUUUAAUGCUCAUUUAACUGGGGUUCCAAUUCUUUUAUGUGAGCUUAUGGAACAUCAGUGGCUCUCUUUUACAUGAAAUAAUGCUUGGAAAGGCAUUGGAGUACUUAAUUCACUGUCUGUGUGACUUGAAAACCCAAUUCAAAUGAAUAGAAAUAAAAAAUAUAGUGACUGGUUUUAAGAUAUCUAAGCUAAACUUCUUACAUGUCUGGAGCAAGUGUGUCUGUCAAUCAUUUUAGAACCAGCUUGUUCAGGUAUUAAUGCAAGUUUUGUCUUGGAUUUAAAGAAAAGCAUGUUAAUAUUUAACCUUAAUUAGAUAAGUCAUCAUAAUCACAAACUCAUGUGUAUGAAAUUAUAUUAAAUAGGAAUAUUGGCAUAAAAUAAGGAAUUAAUAUGAUUUGCAAUAAGCAUGAUAUAGACAAGUAUAAACAAUAUACAAAUGUACAUGGAGAUGCAUUUGAAAGUUAAGAAAUUAAUGAAGUUUAAUUUUUUAAUUGUUAUGGUUGUUACACAAAAUAAACAUUGAAGAAGA